CGCUCUUUGCGCCGUCCCGUCCGCGUGAGCACUGAGCGUAUGUGUGCGUACUGCGUGUGUGCCCUGAGACCCUGACUCGUGUAGUCGCGUGCGACUGCGCGCUGUGUACUUAUUCACCACGAUCCCCUCUGCAGCGAGUUUACAUUGCCGACGAGGAUGCCUGCUGCUGCCGUUACCUUGAGCUGGCGUCUUUGAGUUGCAGACACGAGUGUAGCAGCCAUGUCGGAGGAAGCGGCCGAUCCGGGCGCGAGCCGACACGGCAACUUCAUCAACUACUACCAGUUCCACCCGGCGGAGGAGCGGCUGCGGCAGCUUCCGCGCUCCAUCCAGCAGCCCCGGCAACGGCGCAAGUACGUCGCCCUGGACGUCGGCUGCAACGCGGGGGACCUCACGCUGGAACUGCACAAGUUCUUGAGCUCGAGACUGCCGGGCUGCGAGGUCUCGAUCCUGGGCAUUGACCUCGACCCGGUUCUGAUCGGCCGAGCGCGCCAGAAGAACGACCGGCCGGAGUCGGUGACUUUCGAGUGCCUCGAUUUCUUCGCCGACGAGCGCCAGUCCGUCGUCUCCUCCUACCUGCGCAAGCAUCGAGUGUUGCCCAAUCUGUGUAUGACGUUGCGCGCUAGGAGCGGUUCGACUGCAGCUACUGCUUCUCGAUAACCAUGUGGAUCCACCUGAACCACGGCGACGCAGGCCUCGAGCGCUUUUUCCUCGACUUGAGCGCCUGCAGUGAGGAGCUGCUGGUCGAGCCUCAGCCCUGGCGGUGCUACCGGAACGCGGCCCGACGGCUUCGUCGCGCCAACCUCGCCGACUUCCCGCUCUUCGCGCAGCUGCAGGCGCGCGGCGACGUGCAGCAGCACAUCCAGAACAUACUCACGGAGAAGUGCGGCUUCGGAGUGCUCGAGGUCACGGAGCAGAACGACUGGCAGCGGAGACUCCUGCUCUUCCAGAGGAUCCGACACUGAGGGAUUCAGCCUUAUAUAUAUAUAUAUAUAUAUCGUGUGUGUGUGUGUAUAUAUAUAUAUGUAUAUAGUGUAUACGAUCGACGUCGAUCGUGCGCAUUUGAUCAAUUUCGGUUUGUCGCGAAACAACCUUGACGAAAUAUAUGAUACGAACAAAAUUGCACGAUGUAUUGUUUGUUGGCUUUGCCGUUUCACUGCUGCGGCUUCAGUCGACAGCACGCGUUUUCAGCUUUCUUUUCCUCGGCAAACAAACUGUACAAUGUGUGUGCAGUACUGUUAUUCCAGUUUCGCGAAAAACCGUAGUACUCUCGCAUAGCUUGCAGCUUGUCGAAUGCAUCCGACCCUCAUGCAACAGGAAGGAAAAAUAAUAAUAAUCCAGCGCCAGGAGGAUAUUUCAGUCCAACAGGAUUCCUGCUCAAAUUGGUUAAUCGGAUUUGCUUCCAAGUACUUUCACGCCUGCUCUAUUCGUUUCAUCGCCAGCAGAUGGCAGCACCUCGCGGCAACGGUCAUCCGUCGCUACUCGAUCGUCAAAUGAGCGCAAUUCGCUCGCGCUCCGCACACGCGGGCACACACACAAGCACACACACAGCACUGAGCACAAUACACAAUACGAAACAGUCGCCCGGGUAGUGGGGAGAACUCAGCCCGAUAUCUAAUAUCUAUAUACAUUGCACACUAGUCGCACCGACAAACCUAGCGAUGAAUUCCGCGAGCAAGGUAAGUCGAAAAAUCUAAGCUGCGAGAGACGCUUUUCCCGCCAAAGCAUAUUGCUUUGUAUCCUGGCACUUCCGCAAUCGCUAGACCUUCGGGCUCCCGCGCACACAUCCCCAUAUAAUAUUUGGACCCGGUCAUCCUCUGAUCCUUCGCCCCUCAACCGCCUGCGCCUCUUACUUACUUAGCUUCGACACGCACCAAAAACAAUUUCACCCCUUUUGUUGUUGGGCUCGCGGUUGACUCGUGCAAAGGUAUACGCAUAUAUACUCAAACAAGCCAUGGAGAUCAGCAACGGUAACAAUAAGGUCGGUGAGAUCUUCACAGCUGCUGGAGCAGCGUUCAACAAGUUAGGAGAAUUGACCAUGCAACUGCAUCCAACAACUGAUUCUCCAACUGGAUCACAAAUCAGAUCUACCCUCAAGAAAAAAGCAUUCGAGGAAGCUGGUGUUCCCAUGAGGCAGCAACAAAUUAUCACCCAACAACAAGCCACGCCACAAACAAAUGUCCAGCAGGUUCAAAAACAGCCAGCAAGCAAUCCAGGACUAAUGGGCAAGUCAGCUGAAGUGACAUUGAAUAUGUUGAAUGCACCUGAAUCUGAAGUCGAUGUGGAAGGACUGCCAGAAGAAGUUAAAUUAGAGUUUGAUGGAGCAACGGAAGAGGUUACGUCGUAACAAUUAAAUCUGUUUUAAGUGAUGCAACAAAUUUCAGAGACUGCAAGGCUAUGUACAUCAAAUUUGAUAUGCCUCUAUCUAAAAUGAUGUUUACAUUAAUUACUUGUGUAAAAAGUUUGCGACAAAUCGGGGAUACUUUUAAUUAGAAAUCUUACAAUUAUCAAAAGUAAAAAAAUUGAGAGUACAAAAAAUUUAGUUAUGUCAGCAUUUUCGUUACGAUUUGUAUCUUGGUGUCCACAACUGUAAAUUAAGUAGUAAAGUAAGUUUUAUACAAAAGUGUAAAAGAGUAAGUAUGUCCUAUUCUAUAUUUAUGUAGCAGUCAGUUAUUUUCACAAUCAAAAAAACAAAAUGACAGUGAAUUCAAUUAUUUUCUCACAACAAUGCCAUUAGCAUCGUGUAUAAUAUUGUAGAUGAAUAAAUUUAUAAUCUGCAAUUAUUUAGAAAAUGAUUGCUUCAUGUAUUUGCAAUAAAAGUGCAAAAAAUUUCAUAAAAGAGUAGCAACAUAAAAUAUAUAAUACUUGCGAUUGUUUUUAUAUUGCUUAAAAAAAGCAUCCUAUGCAUUGAAAAUAAAUAUUUUUUAUUUGACUUA